CAUUGAUUAACUAAAAAUUGAAAUUUGCACGGUUUAGUUUGGCUUUUUAGCGUUUUGAUUAAGUAUAGUUCUAAAAAAGAUGGAGUUAAUCAAUAUUGAAAAUGAAAAGCAAAUAUUCGAACUUCUUUUACAUGAUCCACAAAAGUUGAAGGUCAUGUAUUUCUAUUUGAAAGAUUCAGCUGAGUGCAACCAAAUGUCGGAUGUCAUAGCAGAGCUGAAAAACACUGGUGAAUAUGACAAUACUGUUUUCUUGAAGGUUGAUGCAUCUGAACUAGAAGACGUAUGUAAAAAGAAUAAUAUUUCUAGUGUUCCUACAUUUCUUUUUUAUUCUGGUGAAUGCUUGAUUGAUAUGCUUGUAGGUGCUAAUGUCCCGAUGCUAUCCAAAAAAUUGAAAGAGAAUUUAAGCAAAAUUGAAGACAAUCCUGCAGGAGACAUAAACUCGCGAUUGAAAAAAUUGAUAAAUAAAGCUCCAGUGAUGCUGUUUAUGAAAGGCAGUCCUGACAUUCCCAGAUGUGGAUUUAGCAAACAAGUAAUAGCUCUUCUAAACAGUCACAAUGCACAAUUUGAAACUUUCGACAUACUUCAAGAUUUUGAUGUCAGAGAAGGUUUGAAAAAGUAUUCCAAUUGGCCUACAUAUCCUCAGUUAUAUGUAAAAGGAGAACUUAUCGGAGGCUUAGAUAUUUUAAAAGAAUUAUCUGAAAGUGGUGAAUUAGAUGAAGUUCUGAAAUCUUAAAAUAGCAUUUUAAAUUAUAACAUUCAAUUACUGUGAGUUAACAGCAAAUGCUCUCUUGAAACAAGUUAAUUGAACUACUCUCUUCAUUCAUUAUCUUCAACAUCAAUUAUGCGUAUAGUACUAAAACGACAUUAUGAAGACCCAAAGUUGUCUAACAAUUAAAAUAUUUUCAGUUGUACAUCUUUAAUUUUUAAUAUACUUUGGUUUCAUUGAGUUAAAUAAAAUACUCUGAUUUGGUAGGAAUUCAGUUUGCUUCUAUUAUAUCUGCAUGUUUUUGAUAUCAUUUGUUAAAACUUUGUGCAGUUACAGAUGACGAGGGGAAAAAAAAAACAAGCAACUUAAAUAAAAGAUAGAUUUUUAAUAUGAACCAUCUUGUUC